AUGGGAAUUAUUCUGUUCUAUCUUAUUGGACAAACAAUCUACUUGAUAAAGAAAAAAAUGGAAAAGUCUGGUUAUACCGCCGUCGGCGGCGCUUCGUCGUCCAUCGCCAACUCGGGCCCAGUGUCUAUCUUGUGUUACUGUGCUUCGUCCAUCUUGAUGACCGUCACUAACAAGUACGUGCUUUCCGGUGACUUCAAGUUGAACUUCUUCCUCUUGGCCGUGCAGGCCACCACCUGUAUUGUUGUCAUUGGUACCUUGAAGGCCGCCAACGUCAUCACCUACAGACAGUUCAACACCGAGGAAGCCAAGAAGUGGUUCCCAAUUGCUUUGCUCCUUGUGGCCAUGAUCUAUACUUCCUCCAAGGCUAUCGCCUACUUGUCCAUCCCUGUCUACACCAUCUUCAAGAACUUGACCAUCAUCUUGAUUGCUUACGGUGAAGUGUUGUGGUUUGGUGGUAAGGUCACCACUAUGGCCUUGGGUUCCUUCAUUUUGAUGGUGCUUUCCUCCGUCAUUGCUUGUUAUGGUGACACCUCUGAUUCCAAGACCGCUGCCGACAUGCAAUCUUUGUACUUUGGCUACAUCUGGAUGUUCACCAACUGUUUUGCCUCGGCUGCUUUUGUCUUGUUCAUGAGAAUCAGAAUCAAGUUGACCAACUUCAAGGACUUCGACACCAUGUACUACAACAACUUGUUGUCCAUUCCUGUGUUGUUGUUGUGCUCGUUUAUCUUCGAGGACUGGUCUGCUGAGAGCAUUGCCCUCAACUUCCCUGAGGACACUAGAAGAUCUAUCAUCAUCUCCAUGAUCGUGUCUGGUGCAACCUCCGUUUGUAUCUCCUACUGUUCUGCUUGGUGUGUGAGAGUCACCUCCUCUACGACCUACUCCAUGGUUGGUGCUUUGAACAAGUUGCCAAUUGCUUUGUCCGGUUUGAUUUUCUUCGAUGCUGCCGUCAACUUCUGGUCCGUUACAUCCAUCUUUGUCGGUUUCGUCUCUGGUUUGGUUUACGCCGUUGCCAAGCAGAAGCAGCUGAAGGAGGCUGCUCAGCAGUUACCAACCAAGUAA